AUGAGCAAUCCGGAUGAUGUGUUCUGUACCAACGUCCAAAGACCAGUUGAUGUGGCGCAUCCUGUUGCGCCAGUGCCAUGCUUCGAGGAGCACCGCCGGCUUUGCAAUGCUGUCCUCGACGGAAGGGUGGACGUGCUCCGGAGCUUGUUGGUGGAUGGCGAGCUGGACGUAAACGCACGAAGCAAAACAGGAAACACGGCCGGGCACGAGGCGGCGGCAGAGGGUCGCGUGGAGGAAAUGUCUACACUCAUUUGCCACGGAUUGGAUAUUGAUGCGGUCAACAACGAGGGGAACACGGCCCUACACCUAGCCUCGAGGCACGGCAGGGUCAAGGUGGCAAGACGCUUGGCAGAGGCCUUCCCAAACGAGGAGCUCAUGAACCACAGAGGGUUUACCGCGCUUGAUGAGGCUCUGCAGGCCGGGCGCGCGCAAUGCGGCAGCUGCAUUCGAGGCUUCACCGAUUUCGGGAAGGCCCAAAUGCUGGAGGAGCACUGCCAAAUCGAGAGAGAGAGGCUGGGGAAGGUGCGGAGGAACAAGGAAAUCCUGUACGGCCGGGAUUUGGACGUUCAGCCGCGUGAGGACGACUUUCGAAGCAUGCGCGCCUGCGCCAUCACAACCGACGAUAAGGCGCUUAUCUGCGCCUCGUUGCAAGCUAGUGCCGUGACAUUGCGCUGCAUUGCGGCAGGUCUCCAGCUCGCGGAGAAGGCGUUGGCGAGGGGUGCACAGCGUCGAAAACACACCCGCCGUAGAAAAGUCGUGGGCGGGCGCAAGUAA